AUGGCCGACCAAGAUAACUCCACGCGCCGCCCUCAACGUGAAGCGAAGAAAAGAGCAGUAGCUGCACUGUGCGAGCAACGCAAACGAAAGCGCGUUGCACUCGGUGAUAUAACCAACGACGUCGUUUCAGAAACCGAGAAACUCGUUUCCGAUACUCAUAGUCACAGUCACCGGCAGAAGAAGAAGAGGAACACCGCUAAAUCUCCGGUGUCGGAUAAAUCGGAAGAUCCUCAGUUAUGUGAACCAUAUGUUUCGGAUAUUCACGAUUACCUUCGUAAUUUGGAGGUUGAUCCUAGUAAGAGGCCUUUACCUGAUUAUAUACAGAAAGUUCAGAGGGAUAUUAAUGCCAAUAUGAGGGGUGUUCUUGUGGAUUGGUUAGUUGAAGUUGCAGAAGAGUACAAGCUUGUUUCGGAUACGCUAUAUUUCCCGGUUUCUUACAUUGAUAGGUUUCUGUCUUUGAAUGAUUUGAGUAGACAGAAGUUGCAAUUUCUUGGUGUUUCUUCAAUGUUGAUUGCUUCAAAAUAUGAGGAGAUUAAGCCACCUGAAGUGGAGGAUUUUUGUUACAUUACUGACAAUACAUACUCUAAGGAAGAGGUUUUGAGUAUGGAGGCUGAAAUUUUGAAGUCUUUGAAGUUUGAGUUGGGUGGUCCUACGAUAAAGACAUUUCUAAGAAGAUUCAUCACUAAAGUUGGACAAGAGGGUGUUGAUGCUUCUGAGUUGCAGUUUGAGUUUCCUUUGCUGUUAUCUUGUUGA